AUGUUCGGGGACGCGGCGGGCGGCGCCCUGGACGUGGAGUCGGUGUGGAGGAGGGACCAGGGGGCCCGAUGCGAGGAGAAGAGCACCCAGACCGUCCCUGUCCACACGGCUCAACGGCGGACCCAGACCCGCCACUGCCACGAGGUGGGCGUCCAGGCGGACCCCGAGGCCAGCCCGGCCCAGGCCCUGCCCCUCCCGCCGCCUCCCCCGGUGGACUAUGCCAGCCUGCGGGCCUUCCUGCAACGGGUGGAGGAGCCGGUCAUCCGCGAGCUGGACAAGAACUGGAAGAGCCACGCCUUCGACGGCUUCCAGGUCAACUGGACGGACCCCAACGAGACGGUGUCUUGUGCACACAGCUUGUCGUACCCGGAAGCCCAGGAGCGCAACCUGCAGGUGACCGGCGUCUCCUGGAAUGCCACAGGCUCCGUCCUCGCCUGCUCCUAUGGCAGACUGGAUGAUGGAGACUGGAGCGCUGAGAAAUCCUUCCUCUGCACCUGGAAUCUCGACCGCCGAGCGCUGAAUCCCCACCGCCCGGACCUCGUGGUGGAGACCGCCAGCGCCGUCCUGUGCCUGGCUUUCCACCCCCAGCAGCCUUCGCUCGUCGCCGGAGGCCUGUUCAGCGGAGAGGUCCUGAUUUGGGACACCGGCAGGCAGGAAGACCCCUUGGUCUGGAGGACGGGCAUGACCGACGAUACUCACACCGACCCCGUGUAUCAGGUCAGCUGGCACCGGGACCCCCGUCAGCCGCGCACCUUCCGCGUCCUGAGUCUCUCCACCGACGGGAAGAUCCUCGUGUGGCAGGAAGAGGGAGGCGGCCUCCUCCGCCCCGCCAGCGGUUUCGCUUUCGUCCAGCAGCAGAUUCCCAGAAGCACCAAGCUCAAGAAGCAUUCUCGAGGUGACACAGUGGUGGGCGUCACGUCCCUCUCCUUCUCCCACUUCGAGCCCAGCGUCUUCGUCAGCGGCACAGAGGGCGGCAGUUUGAUGAAGUGCUCCACGGCGGUGGACACAGCCGCCCUCUUGCGGAAGGCCAGCUCGGUCCCUCUCCGGGCCCCUGCCCAGUUCAGUUUCUCCUCCCACGGAGGACCCAUUUACAGCGUGAGCUGCUCACCUUUCCACAGGAAUCUGUUCCUGAGCGGCGGGACCGAUGGACACGUUCAUUUACACUCCAUGCUGCAAGCGCGCCCGCUGCUUUCCCUCCAGUUGUCCAAGAAAUACAUUUUCAGCGUCAGGUGGUCCCCCGUCCGGCCCCUGGUUUUCGCGGCUGCUUCUGGGGAAGGGGACGUGCAGCUUUUCGACUUUGCAAAGAGCUCGCAAAAGCCCUCGGUUUCUGUCAGGCAGACGUCUGGCCAGGCCCCCGUCUACUGUUUGGAGUUCAAUCCUCGGCAGGCUCAGCUCCUUGCCGCCGGAGACGGCAGCGGGACGGUGAAGGUCUGGCAGCUGAGUUCGGAUUUCACCGAAGAGGGCCCGCGGGAGAUGAGCCAUCUCGAUCAGCUAGCAAACGAGGUCACCGAUUAACACACACCCAGCAACGAACGGGGUCACCGAUCAACACACGCCCAGCAACGAACGGGGUCACCGAUCAACACACGCCCAGCAACGGUGUGUCUCGGCGAACAGAUGCUUAAAAGACAGUCCUUUGUUCACGCAACUAUUUUCACACAAGGACAGCACAGGGUGUAAGGGAGAGGGCUGUAAAUAAAUCCCAAGUAAAAGCA